CUGGCGCUCACCACCCUGCAUGCACUGCAAAUAAAGCUGGGGGGUGUCAAAGGUCGCCUCGGCUGGAAUGAAUGAUUACAAAAACAGUCAACAAAAUGUGAUCGCUCGCUUGCGGGAAGACGCAGCGAUCAAACACUUUUUGUCACUCCAGUGCUGACAUUUCAUUAAGGACUUGAUUGGGGAGGAAAUUGUUGCUGAUAACCAAGACGGUCGUCAUGGCAACAUCCAUUUAUGGUCUGUGGUGCUUGUUGUCAUUGGCGACACCGCUGGGCUGGAGUCUACCCCAGUCCACUUUCGCUGAGAGCGGAUUCCAACUGCCGGUGGCCAGGAGGGCCCACCAGAGCCGCCCAGAUCUGCCCGAAGUGUUUGUUGAAGUAGAAGCUCCCACUGCACGUCCACGUCUGCGAGAGCGGCCACACAUCCAGGCUUGCCCCUCCCACCGUGACCUGCUGACCUCCGUGCGUCAGGUGGAAAAGAUGCUGGCAGCCCACGAGGUCUCUUUCCAACAGCACCUGCGCUCGCUGCGCAAGAAGAUGAGCGCUCUGCAGAACAGCACGCUGGCCGCCAUGAAGGCCGCCAACGCCUCCUGCCCCAAACCGGAACCGCCCGCCCACGGCCGCCGUCUGGGCCGCGUCUUCGCCGUGGGACACGAGGUCCACUUCCUGUGCCAGCCGGGCUACGAGCUGAUUGGUCCGCAGACACAAGUCUGUCUGGAGUCGCUGAGGUGGAGCGGCCAGGCGCCAACGUGCCGCCACCAGGAAGACGGAGGUGCCGGUCCCGAUCCGGCUCGAUCCACUUUAGAAACUUCUUGCUCUUAUUUCUACUUUUCAGGGUCUAACGGAACCAGAAGCUCCUCCCCCUCCCCUUCUGCUGAUGCCACGCCCUCCUCGCCGCCGUCCUCCAUGAUGUCCGCCUCCUCGCCGUCUUCCUCCCCCGCGCCCUCCUCGGUGCAACCCUCCAACUGCACCCGCCUCCAGGGCGCCACGCGCUGCACGUGCGACGUGGGCUUCACCAUCUCCGGCCGUGACAACAACCUCUGCACAGACGUCGACGAGUGCCGCCUGUUCUCCUUGAGCCAGCCGGGGCGCCUCUGCGUGCACGAGUGCGCCAACACGCCCGGCAGCUUCCGCUGCCUCUGUCCCACCGGGUACAGGCUCGCCGCCGACGGGCGCGGCUGCACAGACUUGGACGAGUGCGACGGCGGGGAACACGACUGCGGCGGCGAGGAGCUCUGCGUCAACACGCACGGAGGUUUCCGCUGCAUGACUGUGGCGUGUCCCCGCGGCAACAACGCCACCUACAUCAAGACGUCGCCAACGCGCUGCGAGAAGAACCCCUGCAUGCUGGGCGACAAGGCCUGCGCCAAGGCGCCCAACUCCGUCUCCUUCCACUUCCUGUCCGUGGUGUCCAACAUGUCGGCGCCCCGCGUGCUCUUCCGCGUGUCGGCGGCCCGCGCGCUGGGCGACACGCUGCGCUUCGGGCUGGCGGGCGGUCGGGGGCGGGGCCACUUCAGCGUGCAGCGCUCGGGCCGCCAGACGGGCACGCUCCUCCUGGUGAAGCCCGUGCUGGGCCCCGCCACGCUGGAGGCCGAGGUGGAGAUGAGCGAGCUGGAGCGCCACACCCUGCUGGGCCGAUACCUCACCAAGGUCACCCUCUUUGUGUCACCUUACAACUUUUAAAGAUCGCCUUUAGCAUUUUUCAAUUAUUAUUUUUUAACAUUAUCACCCUAUUUAUCCUGGGACAUAAGCCACACCCACUACAUUUUACAAACAGUAAAUAUUUUUUCCCAUACAUUAGCUGCACCGGACUAUAAACCGCAGAGAUACAUGUUGUGUAAUGGGACACGCUUAAACAUGUUAGCAUACUAGCUAAUGCUAACGACGCUAGCUCCACUAUACAAACCCCAUUUCCGUAUAAGAUGGGAAAUUGUGUUAGAUGUAAAUAAAAACAUAAUACAAUGAUUUGCAAAUCCUUUUCAACCCAUAUUCAAUUGAAUGCACUAAAAAGACAAGAUGUUUUAUGUUCAAACUAGUAAACUUUACUUUUUUUUUGCAAAUAAUAAUUAACUUAGAAUUUCACAACUGCAACACGUGCCAAAGUAGUUGGGAAAGGGCAUGUUCACCACUGUGUUACAUCACCUUUUCUUUUAACAACACUCAAUAAACGUUUGGGAACUGAGGAAAAUAAUUGUUGAAGCUUUGAAAGUGGAAUUCUUUCCCAUUCUUGUUUUAUGUAGAGCUUCAGUCGUUCAACAGUCCGGGGUCUCCAGUGUCGUAUUUUACGCUUCAUAAUGCGCCACACAUUUUCGAUAGGAGACAGGUCUGGACUGCAGGCGGGCCAGGAAAGUACCCGCACCCUUUUACUACAAAGCCACGCUGUUGUAACACGUGGCUUGGCAUGGUCUUGCUGAAAUAAGCAGCGGUGUCCAUGAUAACAAUGCUUGGAUGACAACAUAGGUUGCUCCAAAACCUGUAUGGACCUUUCAGCAUUAAUGGUGCCUUCACAGAUGUGUAAGUUACCCAUGCCUUGGGCACUAAUGCACCCCCAUACCAUCACAGAUGCCGGCUUUUGAACUUUCCGCCCAUAUCAAUCCGAAUGGUUAUUUUCUUCUUUGUUCUGAAGGACACCACGUCCUCUGUUUCCAAAUAUAAUUUGAAAUGUGGACUCGUCAGACCACAGAACACUUUUCCACUUUGCAUCAGUCCAUCUUAGAUAGGCUCGGGCCCAGCCAAGCCGGCGGCGUUUCAGGGUGUUGUUGAUAAAUGGGUUGGCUUUGCAUAGUAGAGUUUUAACUUGCACUUUACAGAUGUAGCGACCAACUGUAGUUACUGACAGUGGUUUUAUGAAGUGUUCCUGAGCCCAUGUGGUGAUAUCCUUUACACACUGAUGUGGCUUUUUGAUGCAGUACCGUCUGAGGGAUCAAAGGUCCUUUAUAUCAUUGCUUAGGUGCAGUGAUUUCUCCAGAUUGUGUGAACCUUUUGAUGAUUUUACGGACCGUAGAUGGUAAAAUCCCCAAAUUCCUUGCAAUAGCUCGUUGAGAAAUGUUGUUCUUAAACUGUUUGACAAUGUGCUUAUAAAUUGGUGACCCUCACCCCAUCCUUGUUUGUGAAUUACUUAGCAUUUCAUGGAAGCUGCUUUUAUACCCAAUCAUGGCACCCAACUGUUCCCAAUUAGCCUGCACACCUGUGGGAUGUUCCAAAUAAGUGUUUGAUGAGCAUUCCUCAAUUUUAUCAGUAUUUAUUGCCACCUUUCCCAACUUCUUUGUUAUGUGUUGCUGGCAUCAAAUUAAUGAUUAUUUGCACAAAAAAAAAAAAGUUUAUCAGUUUGAACAUCAAAUAUGUUGUCUUUGUAGCAUAUUCAACUGAAUAUGGGUUGAAAAUGAUUUGAAAAUCAUUGCAUUCCGUUUAUAUUUACAUCUAACACAAUUUCCCAACUCAUAUGGAAACGGGGUUUGUAUUACAAUAGCAUGUACUAAUAUGCAUGAAAACACUCCUACAGACAUCACUUUAGUAAGUAAGAAUAGUUUUAGUUAUAUUGCAAAACUUACAAACUUCGCUUAGGAGUGCUUUAGGAAGAAUCCCUACGAGUAGAAACGCCAUGGAUGGCUAGAGGAGGGAACGGCACUUUCAUUUCCGGUGUCCAGUGAGCGAAGUGUUGCAAAAGAUGGCGCCGUGGUACAUACAAAAAACACAUCUUUUCAGUGUUUGUUUUUUUAUACUAUUUGCAUUAUGACCAUAAAUUAGCCGCAGCGAUCAAAGCGUAGGAAAAAAAAAACGGCUUGUAGUCCGGAAUUUACAAUUGUACUGGUGUCCCGGAAAUUUUUUUUACUUUCGAAAUUGGAGCCUUGAGUAUUGGCCGAUACCAAUGUUAACCCGAUAUGAUAUCAGCAAAAAAGCAUACAUUGUGUUCUUUAGUAGUGUGGCGAAAAGGUUUGAGUCGGUGAAAUGGGUCAAACAGAAAACAAUGGUAGCCAUGAAAAACACUAACAUAUUUGUUAUUCACCGUCUGGAAUGGACUAAUGUCGUCUUUAAGUUAAAGUGGAGUGGUCAUUUUUUACUUUUUUUGGCGACUAUAAUUCAUACAGUAAGUUGAAUGAUGCAGACACGUUUGUUACUGGAUACAUUCUAAUAUACUUUGGAGAUUUUGUAUAUGUAAGCGCUAUGCAACUAUAAUUGUGUGAUAUUGGUUUAUAUUGACAAAUGUGCUGUUUUAUACUUUCAGUUCAUUAAUCCGUAUAGGUCUAGCUUGCGUGCUAUAGUGUGCUUAGCUGUUGAGUAGCUGCCAGCUCCUAGUAGCCUACAGCCUAGCAUGAUUACCUUUUGUAAAUGACUAGAGUAAAACAACAAAAGACCAACCCUGUGAGCUUAUUGGAGGAAUAUGCACUCUUUACUGUCUGAAAUGGACAUAUGCUGUUUUUAAGUUGAAGAGGGGGAAAAAAAUAAAUUGAAAAAAUACAUAAAUAUAUCAAAUGAAAUAAAAUAAGAUAAAAUAAAAAGUUGAAGUGGUAAUUGUUUUUUCGGCAACAAAAAUUCAUGAUUGUUUGAUGUUUGCUUAUAUUGAGAAAUGAGCGGUUUAAUAUUUUCAGUUCAUUAAUACAUACUGUAUGUCUAGCUUGUGUGCUAUAGUGUGCUUAGCUGUUGGGUAGCUGCCGGCUCCUAGUAGCCUAUAGCCUAGCAUGUUUACCUUUUGUAAAUGACUUGACUAAACCAACAAAAGACCAAUCUUGUGAGCUUAUUAAAGGAAUAUGUACUAUUUACUGUCUGAAAUGGACGUAUGCUGUCUUUAAGUUGAAGUGGGAAAAAAAUGUAUUGAAAAAAUACAUAAAUAUAUACAUUGAAAUAAAAAGAAAAAAAAGAGAAAUACAAUUAAAAGUUGAAAUAGAGUGGUAAUUGUUUGUUUGCCGACAAUAAUUCAUGAAGCCAAGCUCAUGAUACAGUAAGUUGAACGAUGCGGAAACAUUUGUUACUGGAUACUUUCUAAUAUGCCUUGAAUACUUUAUGUGUGUAAGUACUAUGCGACUAUAAUUGUUUGAUACACGUUUAUUUUGACAAAUGAGCUGUUUUAUAUUUUCAGUUCAUUAAUACGUAUAGGUCUAGCUUGCGUGCUAUAGUGUGCUUAGCUGUUGGGUAGCUACUCCAAGUAGCCUACAGCCUAGCAUGUUUACCUUUUGUAAACAACUUGACUAAACCAACAAAAGACCAACCUUGUGAGCUUGUUGGAGGAAUAUGUACUAUUUACUGUCUGGAACAGACGUAUGCUGUCUUUAAGUUGAAGUGGGGAAAAAAAAAUAUUGAAAAAAUACAUAAAUAUUUACAUUGAAAUAAAUAUACAAAUACAAAUAAAUAAAUGAAAUAAAAUCAAAAGUUGAAAUGGAGUGGUAAUUGUUUGUUUGCCGACAAUAAUUCAUGAAGUCAAGCUCGUGAUACAGUAAGUUGAACGAUGCGGACAUAUUUGUUACUGGAUACUUUCUAAUACGCCUUGAAGACUUUGUAUGUGUAAGUACUAUGCGACUAUAAUUGUUUGAUACACGUCUAUUUUGACAAAUGAACUGUUUUAUAUUUUCAAUUGAUUAUUACGUAUGUCUAGCUAGUGUGCUAUAGUGUACUUAGCUGUUGGGUACUUGCCAGCUCCUAGUAGCCUAUAGCCUAGCAUGUUUACCUUUUGUAAACGACUUGAGUAAAACACAACAAAAGACCAACUUUGGGAGCUUAUUGGAAGAAUACGUACUAUUUACUGUCUGAAAUGGACGUACGCUGUCUUUAACCUUCCUCUUGUGUUAGCUUUCUGUUACCAUCUCUUAUGUUAACGGGUCGGUUUUGACCCAUGUCUUAAAUCAGCUGUAAAAUACACUAAAAACAAUUAUCUAUCAUCCAAUUUGUUUCUCAUCUCUUGAUUACCUCGUUAGGCUUCCUUAUCCUUGAAAAUAUUGGUUUUAAUAUUUUUGGUUUGGGCCAUUGGGCCUUUUUUUGUCAGUAUACCCCUCGAUUUCAAUUUUUUGAAAUGGUAAAACGAACCUCAAGAGAAUCAUAUACAUAAAAAAAAGGUUGUUGUGUUACCUAACUAUUACUAAGGGUAAUAGAACACAUCUCGUAAAUAAAUGUGUUUUAUUUAUUUUUUCAUUUUAAGAAUUUUAACUAUAGUAACAUCUAUGGUGUUACGGGUCAAUUUCGACCCAUAUAUAUUUACUUCAAGAAAAAGGCUAAAAAGUAUUUUUUUCAGCAACAGAAAUCCAACAUCAAACAAACAACAACCAAUCAAGCAAAUGAAACCAAGAGAAAUAGAUUACUAGUUCCAAAACUAAUAAAAAACAAAAUCAGAGUGGCAAAAAGUGACACUUUUAGUGUCCGUCUUUUGUUUGUUUUUGUACAGGAUAACAAGGUAAAAUGAGAAUCCACUAAAGCUCACAUGAUUGGGAGAGGAGCUGGCUGUCAGUGUGUUCAGUUUUGGCUCUUAUCAUUGCUUUAUCAUCUUAUUUUCAUAACUGGGUCGAAACCGACCCUAACAACACCAAGGGCAUAAUUUCUACCAGAGCAUUUUAUAAUUUAGUGAAAAAAAUUAAAAUGUUUUAUUUUGUUGACAAAGAGGUUCCUGACAAAGUCAAAAAGCUUUGAUGCAAAAAAAUAAAUGUAUGUAGUGUUUUUAUGCAUUUAAAAACUAAAACGGGUCGGUGCCGACCCUAACACAAGACGAAGGUUAAUAUGAAGUGGGGAAAAAAUCUAUUGAAAAAAUACAUAAAUGUGUCAAAUGAAAUAAAAUAAAAAGUUGAAA